CUGGUAAGCAGACUGAGAGGAACAGACCCAACGGAGGUGCGGAGCGGGGGCACAGGUGCCACCUGAAGACCCAUGCUGCCCCCUUAUCUGGAUGUUUGACCCAUGGUGGGAAAAGGCAGCUGCCUCCAGGUUGGAUGUGAAUGGACCAGGCCUGGGACAGAGCCCACGGGCCUUGGCCGAGCACAGCCACUGUCCAAGUGCGGGAGCUGAGCUGGCAAGGCCUGCACAAUCCCCGCCCACAGAGCAAGGACCCAGGCAGCCAGAGGGACAGCCGUGGCGAGCAGCUGGUAGAGGAGUACCGGUCACCUGCCCGACUGCGGGCCCUGGCCCAGGUAGACGACCUUCGACUGGUGAACAUGCUGGAGAUGUGUGUCAACACCCGUGAGAACAGCCUGGGGAACUUUGGGGUGCACCUGCCCAACCUCAGCCAGCUGAAGCUCAACGGCAGCUGCCUGGGCUCCGUGAGAGACCUGGGCACUUCCCUGGGCCACUUGCAGGUGCUGUGGCUGGCUCGCUGCGGCCUGACUGACCUGGAUGGCAUUGGCUCCUUCCCGGCCCUGAAGGAACUCUACGUCUCCUUCAACAACGUCUCAGACCUGAGCCCGCUGUGCCUGCUGCAGCAGCUGGAGGUGCUAGACCUGGAGGGCAACAGCGUGGAGGACCUGGGGCAGGUGCGCUUCCUGCAGCUGUGCCCGAGGCUGGCCACGCUCACCCUGGAGGGCAACCUGGUGUGCCUGCGGCCAGCGCCCAGCCCUUCCAACAAGGUGCUGCGGGGCUACAACUAUCGGGCAGAGGUGAGGAAGCUCAUCCCCCAGCUGCAGGUCCUGGAUGAGGUACCAGCCACACACACAGGCCCCCCGGCCUCCCGGAAGCUGGACCAGGACUGGCUCAUGGUGAAGGAGGCCAUCAGGGAGGGCACUGUCUUGGAUGGCCUGCUCCCUGGGCUGGAUCAUCCCCAUGGAGCCCCCAUUCAGAAACUCAGCUCCGAGCUCUCCUUGCCUGAGACCCAGCCAUGGGCCCCCAGGCCAUGGCCACUCUCCCUACUGGUCACUGGGGGUCCUCUGCCUGAAAGCCUGCUUCCCAAGGACCCAGCUCCAGAGGAUGACACCAGCAACCUCACCCAUGGGGCUAGCCGAGUCCUCUGCGGGAACCCCACCAGAGGCCUGCGGGAGCGUCGACACCAAUGCCAGGCCUGGGCAGGUCCAGAGCAGCUGCCCCCACACAGGCUGAAGGAGCUGGCUGCCUCUAUUCCAGGGCCUGAUUCUACAGACAGCAGUGACCCCCUGGCCUUGGCGAGGCUUCCGGCCUGCAGGGAGUUGCGCCUGCGCCCCCUCCCUGGUAGGUCCCUGGAGUCCCAGCAAGAAGGUGCCACAGCCCCCUGGGGCCCAUGGAGGGGCCCUGAAGAGCAAGAGGACAAGUCUAGGCCCAAGACUCCCUCCAGCCCCCUAUGCCUGGUCCCAGAGCCUUCCAGGACUUUGGGCUAUAACCUGACCCCCUCUCCUCCCAAGACACCCAUGCCUUCUGAUUCUAGCAACAGUUACUGGGGGUCCACAGGCCUGCAGUUCCGGAGGCGGAGGCUCAGAGCCCUGUGUAGCUUAGGGCCUGGCUUAGGGCAGGGACCUGGCCUAGGGCAGGGAUUGGCUACAGUGACGGAUCUGAGAGCCCUGGAGGUGACCUCAGGCCCAAGCCCUAGAGCCCAAGGAUGUCCAGGCCCAAAGCCAGCACCGGAUCCAGCAGCCAGACCCCCCCGCCUCCAGUGCAUGCCACACCUGAACCCUAUCACCCCAGCCCAAUCCCACCCCUAGUGUAACCCCCCACCCACUGCCAAAGCUGGCCUGGAUUGCAGGCCAAGGAGCUCCAGUGUGGUCAUGGGAGCCCCAUGUGAACUCUGGCUUCAUGGAACCCAGAGCAUCUCGGGGGGUGUAUUGGGGGGUGGGUAAUGGGCUUGACAUAGGAGAGACCCUUCUUGGUGGAGGAGAUUAGGAGGCUGGGAUCGCUAGCGGUAGGCACAAGAAAGAUCCCAGGCUAAGAGAGCCCAGGUCCCCAGCACUGGCCCAGCUGCCCACUCCUUCUACCAGGCCCAGGCCGAGGUGGCUGGAGCAGAGCCCCAUCAGCUCUCUGGCAGGCCCUCCAGAUGCCAGGGUACAGCCAGGCCUCCCAUCCCCGGCGGAUAUGUGCAGGUCCUCGCCCACGCAGGAAUGGAGAAGCCAGUUUCCUUCCCCUGGGGCAGGGUAUCCCCAGACCAAGCGAAUCCUUUUCGACUCUCACAUGUACAUAAAUGCCGUUUACUUCGUAGGCGAUGUUGGUUCAAUAA